CUGUGUGCUUUGUGGGUGGAGACUGAGGAUGUCCAAAAAACAAGCCAGCUUACCAACAGUAGCUUUGUUAUUAUAAUAUUUGGGACUAGAAAAUUAAUGUAGUCCGUUAAUUUACGUCACCCACACAGACUGGACCACGUUAAGUCGGUUAUCCGGCCAACAUUAAACGAAGAUGAGCCAGGCUGAGCAGGUGCCUGAGGACAUGCCUGCAUACCUCAAUGACGAGCCACCCGCUACAGACAACAACAAGGAUCACCCACAGACACAACCGGGAAUGUUCGGCAGGUUGGCGGGGGGCUUGUAUGGGGCCACAAAGGGAGCUUUGGGAGCCACGGUGGGCGGUGUGACCUGGAUCGGAGGGAAGAGUCUGGACCUCACCAAGACGGCCGUCUACUCCGUAGCCGCCGUGCCUGCAGCGGGUGUGGGGCUCGUGAAAGGAGGAGUGUGUGCUGUUGCUGGAGGAGUGAGUGCUGUCGGGUCUGCAGUGGCCAACAAAGUUCCCAUAGGGGGAGGCAAAAAGAAAGACAAGUCUGACUGACGGAGGAGGAGGGGAGAAGACUGAACACACAACAGAGUUUGUUUGGCUCACACCGUUUUGUUUUUUGGUUGUUUUUUUGUUUUUACAGGAGCAACAGAGGACUCAAAGUUUGGUGUAUACGUUUUGGUGUUAGUUGUGUUUUUUUCUGCCUUUAUCUUUUUGUGUUGUUGACUAUAAAUCCAUGUUCAUAGUUACUUUUUUUAGAUUUAAAGGCGUUAUAAAGACUCUACUGCUUCAUUGUUAAAGACAAAAAAAACACACCGGAGGGAAACGGCACAGAAACUGAUAAUACAAUUCAAUGCACAACAAUCAAUGAUAAUCUAUGCAUUACACCGAGUUGUUUCUUAGGUGUUGGAAACAUUUCAUUGCUAACUGUUUGUUUGACCUUGAAAUGUUCACUUUACGUGCUGGUUGAUGAUAUUUCAUGGUGGAUUUUUUAAAUUAAUACAUUUUCUUCUGAAUUUGUGUCUGUAUCGCCAUGUGGCGGUUUUGCUCCAAGCCCAACAGAAGGCAACUCCUGCUUUCAAUAGUGUUUUUGUUAAAGUAACUGUCUUAUCUUUUUUUUGAGUAUUGAUCUUUUUUCCUAUUUUUAUACAAAAACAUUAAUCAUGCAGAAGUUUCACUGUGGUUGAAACUUCUUCCACCACAAAACAAGGACUUUUUCCACUAAUGCUCUUGUGUAACGUUACUCUUGUUAAUGUUAGAUAGGUGGAAUCUGAUGUCUUGAUUUUCUGAAACUAUGUAAAAAAAAAAAAAAAAAAACAACAAAA